UCCCUUCCCACCUGCACCGCAGCCAGUUUAGGGGCUGGGGCUGCACUGACCCUUACUGGGAGCACUGGGUCAUGCUGGGUUUCCUGGGAACAGGCAGAUGGGCAGAGCUGGGGGGUUGUUACCCCAAUGGAGCAGCCCUUGGAGCUGCCUUGGACCCAUUUCCCAGCUGGGCAAACUGAGGCACGGUGCUGGCUGGGUGUGCAGGGCCAGGCUCUGCUGUCCGUUAUGGGGAGCUCAUGGGGCAGGAAGCCAGAGCUCACACCAUGGGGAGGAAACAGCAGAACCCAAACCACACGUCACACGUCAUGACACGGCACGACGGGUGUGUGUGACCUCCCCGCGGCAGCAGGACAGAGGCGGAGGAUGCUGGUGGAUGGAUCAUGGAGGAGGUGGUGGUGAAGCAGGGUGUGCUCCACCUCCAGCUGCAGCAGACCUUUGGGAAGAAAUGGAGGAAGUUCUGGGGUGUCUUGUACCGGGAAAGCUCCUGUUCCAUGGCCCGCCUGGAGCUCGUGGAGGGCUCAGCACCCGAGAGGCUGCGGAAGGGCGACAGCAGCAAAAGGCUGGUCAAGCUGAGUGACUGCGUGUACGUGGUGGAGGCGAGCGGCGACGCCACCUGCCCCAAGGACACAGUCCCCUUCCUGCUGGAGACCACCGACAGGAGGUACCUCGUGGCCGCCGACGCCACAGAGGCAGCCGACUGGAUCCAGAAGCUGUGUGAGCUGGCAUUCCCGAGGAGCAGGGAGGAGCAGGCAGCAAGCAAGGAGGGUCAGCAGAGCGCACUGGGCACCAGUGGAGAGUUCUCCAUGGAGGAAAACUCCCUCUACAGCUCCCGGAGCAAAGCCAGCUUGGAGCAGGCGUUCCAGGUGACGGUGAGGGCCACCGAGUCCUCCGAGCGCUGCCGGCUCUGGGGCCGGUGCAUCCUUCAAGCUGGCAAAGAGGCACUGGAGCUGCGGGAUUCCCAGACCUUGGAGACCCUCUACAGCUGGCCCUACCACUUCCUGCGGCGCUUCGGGCGAGAUAAGGUCACCUUCUCCUUUGAGGCUGGGCGGCGCUGCGCAUCCGGAGAAGGUAACUUUGAGUUUGAGACCAGGCAAGGCAAUGAGAUCUUCCAGGCCAUUGAACUGGCCAUCAACGAGCACCGGGGCCGGGGGGCCGAGGAGCCAUGGCGGGGGGCCGAUGCCCCCCGGUCCCAUGGCCAUGCCAGGAUGCCCAGUUGGGCACAGGGGCACGAGGAGCCCGGCAGUGGCACCAAGUGCCCCUCGUUGGAGCCAGCCUGGGAGGCGAAGGUGGGGAGAGCCAAGCUGGGAAUGCCCCUCAGCAGCUCCUCUGGGGCUGGGGAACCAUCAGGCUCCUUCCUACCCUCCCAUGGUGCCGACUGCUCCUACUCCGAGCCCUGCAAUCCCCUCUGGCGGGGAAAGCUCCCGGUGCCGGAGAAGGGCUGGAGGCAGGAUGCUCCCGCCAAGGUGAGCACUGAGGCCGAGUACGCCGUCCCCUUUGAUGCCAUCGCCAAGACCUUUGGGGCUUGCAAGUUCAGCAGCAUGGCCCAUCACCCUGAGGAUGCCCCCGACCCCCUCUAUGACAGCAUCAGCAUGGCCGGGGGGAAAGUGGACAAACAGCCCCCUCCGCGCCCCAGUGCCCCCAAACCUGACCACAUCUACGAUGAGCCCGAGGGCCUGUCCUCUCAUAUUGUCUACCAUAAGCCCGAGGAGGUGAAGGGGGAGGCGUGGAAGCUGCAGGCAGCCGCGGAGGAGCCCGUGGGGCACGAGUACCCCUACAGCCCACAACGGGAUGACUACACUGUGCCCAAGAGACCGGUCCCCGUGCGGCAGCCCUUCCUGCUGCAGAGCAAGGAGUGGCUGGGGAACACCGAAUACGACAACGUGGUCCUCAAGUUUGCCAAGAAGAACCUGCAGUGAGCGGGAUGAGGAUGGAGAGGGGAGAGGAAGCCCCCGUCCGGCGGCCGGUAGCACCUUACAGCCCGCAUCCCCAUCACCGGCAGAGCUGAGCCCCCCCCCCAGCUCAGAGCACUCAUGCAGGGGAUGGGGUGAAGCGCUCCUUCUCCUCCCGAGCAUCCCUCCGCAGCGGCGGCACAUCUGGCCAGCUGCGGAGCCGGCAGCCCGGGAUGCGCCCGCUGGAGGGCACUGUGCGCCCGCAGGACCGGCAGGGAGGCAGGGGACGGGCAGGGACCCCCCCCAAACUCCCCGUUCCUCACCCGGCCAAAGCUCGGGGACCCCAGCUCUGCCUGCUGCGGACCCCUCUGCACAGCCCCGGGGUGCUGAGCCCAUGCUGGUGGGUGGUGCUAACCCCGGGAUGCACAUCCCACGGUGCAGGAUGAACCUGGACCAUGCACAUCCCUGGGAUGCACAUCCCGCACUGCAAGGUGCAGUAUGCGGCCUGACACAGCCUGACUUGCUCUGAGUCAGCCUCUUCCUCCUCCUCCUCUCCCCUUGCCAGGGGACAUCCAGCCCUGGUGUCCCCCCUUGGCAGGUCUUCCAUGAAAGGCAAAGAAAAGGCAUGAAUUAUUUAUAAUCUCUUUCAAUCAAAUAAAUGCUUAGGUGCUUGAGUUAAUUUCCUGGAUCCUGAAAA